CACACAGACGUUAAGAAACGCACACUCAAAGCAGACACGGGCAGACGGCGCAGGCAGACAAACGCGAGAACACACGCGCGCACGCACACACAUCCGCACGCUACACGCAUACACGGGGACAGCGCCGGGCAGCCGAGCAAAGCAUCAGGGGGACAGCUUAAGGCAACCGGAGAGGGAUCUCGGCAGGAGAAGACAAGAGCUGAAGACAAGAGGAGGAGGCACCUUGUGGAUCAGAAAGGAUUUUGAUCCCUCUUUCUUUCUCCGGCUUCCCCCCCCCCCCCACCCCCCUGUGCAGUGUAGUAGAGUGAACAGUGUCCUGAUAAGGUUCAAAUCUUUGCCUUUCAGCGGAAAGGAGUUGAGCUGCUGCCUGCCUGUGUGCUUUAUUAUUUUAUUCUUCUUAUUUCAUGUCUUGGAUGCUUUAAAAAGCUGUGCUGGGGCAUUCCAGGAUUUAUCCGCGUUAUCUCCCUCUGGAGCUCUGAAACAAAAGACCCAAGAGAGAGAGAGAGAGUGUGUGUAAAAGCGAGCAAGAGAGAGAGAGAGAGAGCCAGACGCAGGUUCACUGCCGGACCACCCUCGUCUCUGCUUCUCCUCCUCCUCCUCCUCCUCCUCCUCAGCUCUCUUCCUUCUCCGCUCCUCUCACUCGCUCACAGUCCACAGUCUGCGUGCUGCGAGUUCGCCGAUCGUGGAUCCAGCGGAGGGCUUCCACGGGGGUCUGAGAGGAAGAGAACAGAAGAACACAAAUUGGUAUUAUCCGUCUCAGGCUGCAGCCAAGUUGUUCGUCUGGCGCGAGCGGGGGACUCAUCUCGUGUGACCGAGGCAGACGGGAGCGCACAGGAGAAGAAGGGACGCAGUCGGAGAGAGGGAGAGAGGAGAAAGAGGAAUAGGAAGAAAGGAAUAGAAAGUGUGACGGUGGGAGAGAGGCAUUGAGGGGCAUGUUCCGAGCAGCGCAACAGAACAGUCAGGAGUGAGUGUGAAUAUCUUUUGUGGGGGGGUGAGCGACAACAAACGCGCCGAGCAAAGGAGAAACAGCAGGGGUCCUGUCCGUCCUUCUAUCAGUCCCCUCUUCGUCGUCUCCCCCCUUUUCCUCCCCCCACCCCUCCUCGUUUACCACGCCUCCCCCUCCCUCUCUGAGAUUCCCCCGGCGUCUUCCACUGUCACUUCAACCCCUCUAUCCCCGGUCCAUCUCCUGGCACCUCCUUCCACCAUCUCCCUAAUCGCCGGCAUCUCUCGUCGCUCGUUACCUCCCUUCCCUCGCUACCGCUCGGAUCCUUCCCCCCCUCCAUCCCCUACCAGCAGAAAAGAGGAGGGGGUCAACUCUCUCCCCCCACCCCCCCCCUACAACCCCUCCAACCCACACUCAGAUCUCCACAUCAGAAGGACAGACUUUAUCGUAUCCGUCCAAAGAUCUCGACGAACGAUCUGGAGCCCAAGUGAUCGCGCCGCCGCCACUGCGUCUGUCCCUCCGUGCUUCCAUCCGUCCGUCCGUCCGUCUGUCCCUCCUUCCAUCCGGCGGAGAGUUUGGCUUUUAGGGAACGAGCAGAGCCAGUCGGUCGUCCCUCGCUGGAAGUAUCGGGGCCGGUCCCUCGCCCAGCAGCAGCACGGCGCCCCCUCUCUUGCCAGGGUCUCUCGCACCCUACGCCUUCAGGGACUUUGAGGCGGAUUCCAGCUACAUGGGAAAACGCUUGGAGCAGCAGCCAAUGUACCCCCAGUACACCUACUACUACCCCCAUUAUCUCCACACCAAGUCCUAUGCUCCCCCCCCUGUGCCCAUGGCGCCGCCCAGCCCUGGCACCACGGGCCUGGGAGGGGGUCAUGGCGGCGGUCUGGCGGAGCAGCUCAGCAAGACCAACCUGUACAUCCGAGGGCUGCCCCCGGCCACCUCCGACCAGGACCUCAUCAAGCUCUGUCAGCCCUACGGGAAAAUCGUGUCAACAAAGGCCAUCUUGGAUAAGAACACGAAUCAGUGCAAAGGCUACGGCUUCGUGGACUUUGACAGCCCUGCGGCGGCCCAGAAGGCCGUAGCUUCCCUGAAAGCCAGCGGGGUUCAGGCGCAGAUGGCCAAGCAACAGGAGCAGGACCCCACCAACCUGUACAUCUCCAACCUGCCCGUGUCCAUGGACGAGCAGGAGCUGGAGAACAUGCUCAAGCCCUUCGGCCACGUCAUCUCCACUCGCAUCCUGAGGGACGCCAACGGCCAGAGCAGAGGCGUGGGGUUCGCCCGAAUGGAGUCGACAGAGAAGUGUGAUGUGGUGAUUCAAAAUUUCAACGGAAAGUUCCUCAAAACACCACCAGGCAUGACAGCCCCGGCGGAGCCAUUGCUCUGUAAGUUUGCUGAUGGAGGCCAGAAGAAGAGGCAGACCCAGAUCAAGUACCCUCAGAAUGGCCGAUCAUGGGCCCGGGAAGGAGAGACUGGCAUGGCCUUGACGUAUGAUCCAACUGCCAUGCAGAACGGGUUCUACUCCUCGCCGUACAGCAUCUCUACCAAUCGGAUGAUCGCACAGACAUCCAUCACACCCUUCAUCGCUGCCUCUCCUGUUUCCACGUAUCAGGUGCAGAGCACAUCCUGGAUGCCUCACCAGCAGUAUGUCAUGCAACCAACUGGUGCUGUGAUCGCCCCGUCGGCCGCCCUUGACUCCAGUCUGUCCCUGCAGCCCUCCAGCCUCAUGGCACCCCUCACCCAGCAGAUGAGCCACCUCUCCAUGGGUACCUCCGGCACCUACAUGACGGCCGCAGCUGCUGCUCCUAUGCAAGGAACCUACAUCCCCCAGUACACUGCCGUGCCCGCCACCGCCAUCUCUGUGGAGGGCAUGGUGACGGACGCCUCUCCGCAGACAGCGCCCCAGUCCUCGCAGGACGGCGCCGGGCAGCAGGCGCUGGCGGUGGACGGCGGCGGGGAGCACGCGGCCUACGUCUACCAACAGACCAAGUAAACCGAAGGCCAGUAGGAACCACCAACACAGCAUUGCCGUGAGAGAAGGACUCUGCUUCGGUUACAGAGCAGAAAACUAACAUGAAAGACGGACAGACAACACUAUGGGACGGAAUGCUUCCACUUUGCACAGUCAUCGAAGAAAAAUACAAGUAAAGAUCUAUGAAUAAAUAAAAAGAAAAAAAAUACAAAUAAAACCCAUCCAUGGGACACUGAACUCUGAGGACAAAACAUCAUGAAAAUUAAAGAUUUUUUGGGGCUCGGGGGUGUUGUGCAACUUUUGUUUUCUCAAUUUGAGACCCGACUUGACCUCCGACGGGGACAGGAAAUGGGAGGGAACAGACUGACAAGCUGUACAGGAAGUAAAAAAAAAGCUAACAUUUGAAUGUGCAGGUAGAUUCAGACUUUUUUUUAAAUUACCAAACAGUCGAGUAAAGUCUAGAGAGAAAAAAAAAGUCUUCCUUUGAUAUUCAGCUACAUCAUUUACACCUUUUUGGGGGGUUAUUUGUUGUUUUAUAGAAUCUAAAUGUUAAAUCUUUAUUGCCUUAAUUUUCGUGGAAUUGGGGACAGGGGAAAAAAGUCAAACUGGUUGAAAUUUGUUCAAAACCAGAAAGAAAGAGUUAAGCCACAGAGGUGAAAAACAAAACUGUACAGGAAAAGGCUCUAUUUGUAUGAGGCAAAGUAAAAAAAAUAUGUUGUACAGUACACUAUGAGAGCUCGGAUAGACAUGUCUGGGGAGACUCCUGCCUCAGUGAAAUGCAGCUCAGCUGGUUUGAUCAUCGCAUUGGUGUUUUUAUAGUUUUACUUUUGAAUGGGGCAGUCAAAAUGGUUUCAAAACGAGUGGAUAUGUCCGAGGGCAAUCCUUGUAGGGGAACAGUCAAACAAGAUAUAUGUGACGUGUUUUAUACCAAAGAUCAAGGAAAAACACUUUUUUGGUCGAUUUCUUUUCAGCCAGCGAAACGUGAGACUGUCAAUGACUCCCACAUGACAACAAGACCAGAUAUAGUCAUGUUAUUGGCAUGUUUUAUGUUUUGAAUGGCGACAGAGAACGCCCCUCACGUAACGAUGGGCUUCAACCAGAUGUAUACCGUACCAACAUAGACACCCCAUGCUGUGCUGCUGCGCCCACCCGGCGACGUUUCCUUGGUAACGUUAUUCCAUAGCCUCGUGUCCGGGUGGCCAAACGAACCACAGGUGCUCUUCAGCAAGAAACGUGUUUCUUUUGAAUCUAUCGGGGUGGGGUGGAAAAAAAAAAGCGAGCUUCUUUCAAAUUGAUGUGCUUAAUCCAGAACUGUGUGACUGCCUACCCAUUGACACCACUUACUGUUGACCAACUGAUCGUAGGCCACGCCCCCUGAUCGGUAUGUCCCAUGGCGGGAACACACCAGCAUAGAGGCCACUGUAGAAGUGGACCGUCCAUGUGUCCCUCCAGACAGGCGCUCUAUACGCACUAAAGAGAACAGGCCCCAUGUCAAAAUGUAAAGCACGGUUUUACCCUGUGAGCAAUUACUGAAAUUAAUAUAUUAGUAUGUGGCAUAUGUAUUUGAGUAUAAAAGUCGAAGUUCCAUUGAUUUUGUUUGAAGUCACAAAUUCUGCCUCUCAAAAUGCAGAUUUAGCAGAGCAGCACAUCUGAAUAAUUGGAUCUCUUGUAUACGUCUUGACAAUUUCACACCAUCAGAUACGCCCUGUCCUCCUAAUUUCAUUGGAAGCUGCCUGCAAGAGAUUCUCUUCAAAUAUCUUGUUUUGCCCCCUUUAUUAUUUUUUUUUUUUUACGGCAUUGUCUUCUGUGUGGUGUAUCAAAAUCAAGGAUAGGCAGAAAAACGUAUUUUUAUCUUUGUUUCGCUUCUUCUCUCUUCCUUUCCUUCCGAAUUUCUUUCUUUAGUUGUUUUUACUGUUGUCCACGCUGCUAUUAACGUGAUUCAGUCUAGGGAGGCCGAUUGCUGAGGGGUGUGAGAGAGCUGUUUCACAUAGAAGGAUUCCCCCAUCGCUUACACACACACACACACACACACACACACACACACACACACACACACACACACACACACACACACACACACACACACACACACACACACACACAAAUGCUUAGGUGAUGUCUCUUCAGAAAUAUGGAAAUUGCACACAAAAGCUAACACAUUGUUUGACCGUUAUCUCUCGUGUAAAGCAUGGUCCGUGUAGCCUACAUUGAUUCAUGAAUGACAUGUUUGUAUAUCACCACAUACACCAUGUGUGUGUACAUGGACAUGGCUGGCUGUGGGGUGGUGGCAUGACGUAACAUCCUGAAGGUUCAAGUGGUCUAGGGCUUGUCUUUUGUGCAGUUGAAACAGAGACCUGAUUGUCUGCUCGGCCACGCCCACAUCGGGACCCUCCCACCUGUCCCAUUGGCCCUCAAAUGACAGGAAAGGUAUCACAAGAAAAAUGGAAUGCAUAACACAGUUCAACCAAAAUCAUGCAGGAGCAGUGGAACUCUUCUGGGGGAUAAAUUAUUGACUGAUAAGGAAAGGUAAACGAGUUAAAGAUAAGCUUGGGGGAAAAAAGUAGAGGAGUAUUUAUGAGAACCUUUUGUACAGCUCUUAAAAAAAAAAGUUGCCACAGAAAUACUUUGAUGAUAUUUUUUUAUUUGCUUCGGUCAUAUGCCUCCCAUGUCUUUCAAAUUGUGAUUCUGAGAGUGUCUGUAGAACAAGUGGAUGUUGCUGUAGUUUGUUUGUCACUUGUUUCUUUUUUUUUUAAGUCUUUCAAUAAAAAAAGGUUUAAAAGCACACCGGUCUGGGUGUUUUUGCUCAGCGUUGUGCCGACUUACCACUAGAGGUCACUGUAUUAAACUGCAUUAAUUAUCAUAAAAACCGAUCACAGGUCAAUCAAAUCACGAAUGAAGUCUGUAUUAAGAAUGGGUGGGGGCAAAAGUGUAUUGCUGAUAUCUUUCUUAAAGCUCUCUUCUCAUUGAGCUAAAGUGAAGUAUAAAACAAAAUGUGAGCACAAUACACAGUACCUACUGUUUUAUAAGAUAGAACAUGUACAAGCCCAACAACAUCUUCAAGAACCAUCCGUUUCAUAAUGAUUCCUAAGUGAUGCAUAAUAACAACAAACCAGCCACACCAU